AUGAAAAGAACAACCAUCAAUCGCAUCUUGCAAGGAUUAAAUUCCCACAGAAACACAUUGAGCAUCACCAGUAACCAUAUUUAUGUUCGGCAUUCUACUUCGUCCUUGAAACCGUUGAUGAAACAUGCUGCUGUUGUUCCGAACAAUAACAACAAAUUGUUGAAUCAUCCAGCAACGACAUCAUUUGGCCAAAUACGUUCCUACACCACUACAAAUUGGUUGAAGGAAAAAGAAGCAUCCAGCAACGAGAGUGGGGAAAGUACUUCAGCACCUUUGUCCUCCGAACCAAUCACUCUCAAUUUGAUGGAUUACAAGAAAUGGAACGCGCAACAAGUAGCAUCACUCAUGACUUUUGAUGAUUAUUUGGGUGGUGCUGGUUUGUCGGUUGAUGAUGUGAUGUCUUUGUAUGAAGCUGGUUUUGAUGGCUCAGCUCUCCACAACAUUGUUGAAGAUAUCAUGAAUGUGGAUGAAUAUUUUGCUAUUGAUCGACUGGAUAGUAUUUACAACAAGAAUAGCACUCCACAACUUUCCAAUACUUGUCAAACUGUUGUUUCUUGGGUUAAUGAAAGAAUUGUCUCCGGUCAACAAAAAUCACAGAACCUGCUGAAGGAAAUAGAACAAGCACGCUAUGAGAGGGCAAUAUAUUUUGAUUUCGAAAGGUUUUAUUCUAACUCACAGUACGAGUUGGCAACCAUGUACCCAUAUAAUGUGUUGAAACAUGAACAAUUUAAUGUGUUUGAACAAAUAUUGCUCGAAAAGACUACUAUUCCUCCGGCGAAAAUUAUGCUUGGCUAUCCCAACUUUGAUACGCAAUAUCAGUCUACAAAAUUGCCGUUAGUAGAUGGUUCAUUUGUCAAACAUGAACUACCAUAUUUUACACAAUUCCAGUACACUAUGGCACAAGAGGAUGAGGUAUUGAAAUUACUAGCUCCUAAAACCAAACGCAGCACAUUAAUGUUUAUGGGUCCAUCUGGUACUGGAAAGACAUCAGCUUGUGUGCGUUUGUUAUGCCACAAUCCUGGAAUGAUUCUAACAUGUACAUCACCAUCAGAGGCAACUAGUGGAUUGAAAACUGAUUCGUUGAUGCUUCAAGCAUUUUACUACUUAUCGAGCCGAAAUAUUUUUGAACUUUUUGGCUCAGUAGAACAAGUAGUACUAAUGGUAUUCAUAUGUAGAUUGAUUUAUAUUUCAAAACUAAUUCAUCAAGCAAAACAACACCCAACUGUAUUUGAAGACUUUGUUCAGAGAGAUAAGGAUGGAAAUAUUGCUACAGGCGGAAUACUUCCAUACCUGGCAUAUAUGCAAUCAAAUGGCAAAACCGAUACCAGUUUGGAAGCUUUACUCUACUCAUUGAAAUAUGUAUAUUCUUCUCCCUGUGUUUUAAAGGCAUUUAUUGCAAAAUUAGUGAACAAGAUAAUUCGUUCACUUAAUGACAAUUCUGCUCUAUUUGGAAUAGUCAAGAAAAUUGAAAAUUUUAUUGUUGUUAUUGAUAACGCAAAUGUUUAUUCAAGCGAAAAUACUGGAUCGAAUAACCUUUCAGAGUUAAUAAGUUUGAGUGGUGAGAAGACAGGACUUUUAACCAAGUUUGGACAAUGUAUUGAUACCAUACCAGAAUUUCAUCUAUCCAUAUAUUCUGGAACUAAUUUUUCUAUUGAUGAGGGAAAGAUCAUGCAAUCAUCUCUCGGUAAGACUGAAGCAAAGAUUGAUAUAGAAAAAAUAUAUGAUUUUGGUUUGAUUGUACGAGAUGAUAUCAUUUCAUUUUUAGAAAAACAUAUCAAAAUACCAAACAACGAGAAGAAAGAGAUUUUAUUCUAUUUACAUGAACAAGGUUACAAGUAUGUCAGAAGAGGAUUAAUCACAUUAGCAUUAGAAAAGCUUGCUAUAACCAACAACAUGAUAGAUGCUCUUAAAUUGUCCGUAGACGAGUUUGUGUUGCAAGCAAAAAAGAAUAUGGAGCCUUAUCUUGAUACCUAUAACUCAAGUUUGAAUCCUCGAUUGGUUGUAGAAGAAACAACUCGACAAGGAAUUCAAGACGCCAUUGUUAAAUACGUUACUCAUUAUCAGUUUCCAUUCUUAGGUUCUAAGUUUAAGGUACACAAGGAUGACGUUGCUGAUGCUUUACUGUAUUCUGGAUUUUCUGGACCAGAAAGCUCUUAUUGGGAUCCAACUACAAAUUAUUUUAUAUUUUCUGCAAAGGAUUUUAUUGGGUAUGAAAUUGGACUAGAAAUUCUAAAGAAGAUAUUUGGGACCGAAGAUAGAUCAAAAUUGACGAAAAAGAUUGUUCAAGAAAGGAUCAACAUGUUACUCCACGAAUAUCCAAACUGCAACAUGGAUUUGGAAUCAAUUGUUAUGCUUCGCCUGACAGAGUUGGACGGUACAAAGUUCUCUGAAACUAGUUGUUGGAAAUCUCUAAUCACCAACCAUCCAAACUUAAAAGAUCAUAUAUUCAAGUGCAAACAUUGUUUAGAUUCAAACGGAUAUGUAGAGUAUUGUAUUUCAAAACGUGUUAUAGAUCCAGAGAAGAAGCAGGAUGAAAAUGGAGAAGAGUUGUUCUGGACACACGUUGCCGAGAAGAAGUGGGAUUUAUUAGAUGGAGUUUUUAUUUCUCCAUCAAAAGAACACCAUAAGGAUGUGUUUGGUAUUAACAUAGUUACCACUUCUACAGGUGUGAUCAUUCCAAUGGGUUUCCAGUUCAAAGUACAAUCUGGAACUAAAUUUGAAUUGAAACCCACCAUCGAUGAACUCUUUUAUCUCGAUAAUUAUGGAAUACUGAAAUCUAAUACCCUCUACAAUUUAAAUGACUAUCAUAUAGAAGAAACCGCAUGA